CGCUUAUCAAGGACACGUAAGAUAUUCUAAAGUCCUUGUACUUAAGUUGACCUUGCGUUAGCCCAUUCAAGACGCUUUUGUUAGAAUCAACACUUGUGUCCAGCCUUUCUAUUACAACUAGAGCCGAGCCGACAAAGUUAUUUUGACUGCUUCGUUACCAACACGCUUCUGUCAGCACCAUGCAAUCUAGCACUGAUGCACAGUCCAAGCCCGUACUCAUCGUUGGCGCUGGCCCUACCGGAUUGUGCCUCGCACUAUGGCUGAACAGACUCGGCAUAUCCUUCCGGAUCAUCGAUCAAGCCUCAGGUCCUGGCACAACUUCACGCGCCAUCAUCUGCCAUGCCAGAACUCUGGAAAUGUAUCAAUCCUUGGGUAUCGCGGAGGAUAUGAUAUCGCACGGCUCAAAGCUGCAAAAUGUCACAAUUGCUCAACAAGGCCAGAUCAGAGGGUCACUCAAGUUCGGAAACAUUGGCACUGGAUUGAGUCCAUUCCCAUUCAUCUUAUCUCUGCCUCAGGAUAUCCAUGAGAGAGUCUUGCUGGAUCAUCUGCAGAGAGCAGGCGUAACCAUUGAGCGGAACACGACGCUGGAAUCGUUGAAGCAACAUGACGAUGGUGUGACAGCCCGAGUCUGUGGUCCUCAUUCUGACCACGAAGAUAUUUCUGCAAGUUAUGUCGCGGGCUGUGACGGCGCGAGAAGCACAGUACGAAAAAGUUGUGGCAUCAAAUUCGAAGGCGGCACCUAUGAGCAGAAAUUCUUCGUUUCUGAUGUCAACGCAACUGGACACAUUCCAACUGGUGAUGUGAAUAUCUUCGCUUCAGGUCGCAAUUUCUGCAUUGCGAUUCCACUACCUGGCGAGAAGAGAUAUCGUGUCCUUGGUCUGGUUCCGGAAGGAGUGAAAGACGGCGAUCUGAAGUUCUCUGAUGUGCAGCCUGCAGUGGAAGACAAUACAAGGCUUGGGAUCACAGCAGUCAACUGGUUCUCGACGUAUUCCGUGCAUCAUCGAGUGGCAUCGCAAUUCCGAGAGCACAAUGUCUUCUUGCUCGGCGAUGCCGCCCAUGUGCAUUCUCCAGUCGGCGGACAGGGAAUGAACACAGGCCUGGGAGAUGCAGCAAAUUUGGCUUGGAAGCUAGCGAGUUGCUUGAAAGGCACCACUGAUCCAAAGAUUCUAGAUACCUAUCAUCAAGAGCGUGCAGCUUUCGCCACAGAACUGGUCAACUCGACAGAUCGGAUCUUUACUUUGGUGCAGGCCAGAUCAUUCCUGGGCACCGUUGCGCGUUCCUUCAUGCUUCCGUAUGUGUUGCCAAUUGCUUUCAAGCUGCCCUGGAUCCCCACAUUUGCCUUUAAGAAGAACUCUCAAAUCCAGAUCAGCUAUCCUCAAAGCGAUCUGUCAACAGGAAACGGCGCCGGAUGUAGAUUGCCAUGGGUCGAGACUGGCGAAAGCGAUAACUACAAAUCAUUGGAAGAUUCGAGAUGGGUGAUGCAUGUCUAUGGAGAGGCAAGCGAUGAGGUUGCGACCCUUGCUUCAGAGUCUUACAUCCCUCUGCACAGGUACGCUUGGUCAGAUCACGUCUCGAAGGCUGGUCUAGUUCGAGACUCCGUAUAUCUUGUUCGGCCGGAUGGUUACGUAGGGUAUCUGGGAACGGAUCCAGGGGAGCUCGGUGACUACCUGAAAAGAUGGACAGUGCCGGAGCAGAAAUGAGCGUAUUCGCAUGUCGUUUGAAACUCGUCGGGCUCGAUGGGAUCUAGCUCGCCAAAUCCCUGGAAAUGAAUCCUUUCUAUUCAUCGAAAUCGAUUCUUGAAUCAAUGAACUCGAAAACAGUGGCCAGACAUUCCGACCAG